AUGCGGUUCAUCUCUUCAAUAUUGGUCGCGUCGACCUUUCUUCCUCUUAUCUCCGCCGUCCCCGCGGGUUCGAGUAUCACUCCACCCUUACAGCCUGUCCAUCUCACCCAUUCCGAUCCACGCCCAUGGGCUCGAUUUCGUGACUGGGUAAUCGGUUCAAUAUGGGAUGUGGACCACAUGGGCUCGUCAAAAUAUCAUUCACCACCGUCAAAUAUCUACAAUCGGUAUGGCAGUGAUGUCGUCCUCCGUUUCCACUUGCGCCAGCCCGAUGAGGCAGCAGCAUUGGCCUCCGCCUCCCAAGUGCUGUUUUUGGACAUUUGGGCCACAACCACGGAUUUCGUGGAUAUCAGACUUGCACAUGAAAUGAUCCCUUCCUUAUUGGACCUACUACCUGCAACACUCCGCACCUCCUACACUCCCCUCAUGGACAACCUCGCCGACCAGAUCUAUGCUUCGUAUCCCUCGCGUAACCAUGAAAACCCGGACUUUACUUCGGGGAUCCCAUCGGGUGGGCUGAAGACGAUAUCAAAUGGUGACCUAUUCUUCCAAGAGUAUCAGCCAUUGUCUGUCAUCACGCAAUGGAUGCGGUUGAUGGCGUCGAUGUUCUCCUCCCACGUACGAAUGACUAGCGUCGGUGUGUCCUACGAGGGUCGCGAUAUCCCAGCGUUGCGACUCGGCAUCCCUCCUACCGUAGAACCCGCAUCGAACCCUCGCAAGACCAUCGUUAUUGUCGGUGGUUCUCAUGCCAGGGAAUGGAUUAGUACCUCCACAGUCACCUAUGUGGCAUAUAGCCUCAUCACUCAUUACGGCUAUUCGUCCGCAGUAACGCGGUUAUUGCAUGAGUACGACUGGAUAUUAAUUCCAACUCUCAAUCCCGACGGAUACGUUUACUCAUGGGAAUCGGACCGUCUAUGGCGCAAGAACCGCCAGCCAACGGGUCUCCCACUCUGCCCAGGCGUCGAUCUAGAUCGGUCCUGGGACUAUGAAUGGGAUGGCGAGUCGACCCGUUCGAAUCCUUGCUCGGAGAAUUACGCGGGCGCAGAACCAUUUGAAGCGCUGGAGUCGCAGCGCCUGGCGCAGUGGGCUCAAAACGAGACAGCCCAUGGCCGUGCCGAGAUCGUUGGAUUUGUCGACUUACAUUCCUAUUCUCAGCAGAUUCUAUAUCCAUACUCAUACACCUGCUCGUCCGUGCCUCCGACCCUCGAGAGUCUGGAGGAGCUGGCCUUGGGUCUAGCCAAGGCAAUCCGCCAGACCUCACACGAGUCAUAUGACGUCACCUCCGCGUGCGAGGGGAUACUCACGAACAGGGGAGUCGGAGUGACCUCGGGCGGGAGUGCUUUGGAUUGGUUCUAUCACAAGCUACAUGCCAAGUUCUCCUAUCAGAUCAAACUUCGCGACCGUGGUAGUUACGGAUUUCUCCUGCCUUCCGAGCACAUUGUGCCGACGGGCAAAGAGAUCUUCCAUGCUCUGUUGACAUUUGGCAAGUUUGUCUGCGGCGAAGAGGCCUCCGAUAUCAAAUUUGACGACUGGAUGAGUGAUCAGAUACCUUUAGCCGAUGGCGUCUGA